AUGCGAGAAAAUUUACUAUUCUACGGAGUAGAUGAGGCACCAAAAGGGGAGCAAGAAAACUGUGAAGAUAUUGUUAAGAGAAUAUGCUCUGCCAAUUUAGAACUAGAGGACGACAUUCUAAUAGAAAGGGCACACAGAAUCGGCAGAAGAAACAACGUAAAACCACGCCCGAUUGUAGCAAAAUUCAACAGAUUCCCCCAGCGUGAACUCAUCCGCAAAAAUGCCUUCAAACUUAAAGGAACACAUCUGUCGAUCGGUGAACAAUUCCCGAAAGAAAUCCAGGAACGGAGGAAGGGCCUGUACCCCAUUUAUAAGAAGGCCAAGGAAGAUGAAAAAAGGCAUCCCUUGUUAAAGACAAACUUUACAUCGAUGGAGAGUUAUACAUAG